AUGCUGGAGGCUCUGGAGGGCGCCAACAAGCGUGUGGAUGCGGCCGACAAGAUGAUCGCCAGCCUGAAGGAAGCCCUGAAUGAGGCGCUCCUCAAGCUGCGCGAGUCAGAGGCCGCCACCACCACCUUCAAGGCGCGCGCCGCCAGCGCCAAGGAGCAGGAGGAGUGGAUGCGUGCUGAGCUCAAGAGCGCCAAGGAGGCGCGCGAGGAGUCUGGGCGGCGGGCGGCCAAGCUGCGGGAGGAGGUGGCGGGCCUGCGGGCGGAGCGGAUGCACAUGCGUGAGGCGCUGGCGAGGGCCGCCAGCCGCGCGGCGGCGGCGGAGGACAAGGCGGCAGGGUCGCAGGCCGACCUGGUGGACCUCAAGAAGAAGAUGGCGGCCUUCGAACAGAGGAUGGCCGCAUGGGAGGCGUCGAGGGAGGUGCAGCGCAACGCGCGCGCCACGCGCCGCGAGGAGCUCGAGGAGAAGCCGGCGCCCAACAAGGAGUGCCCGCUGGCCCCCGGCUGCGCGCGCGAGGCCAAGGACCUGGGGCUGUGCGAGGCGGCCAAGGACCCGGCGAGCCGCAGCGGGCCCUCGUCGCCAGCCAGGGCGCGCGGCCCAUCGCGCGACUCCUCGGACGGCUGCGCCGACCAGCUGGUGGCCGGCGGCGCGGGGGGUGGCAGCAGCGACGGCUGCGGCGUGGCCAGGGCGGCCGGCGGCAGCUAA